GGAGCAGCAGCAGGAGGAGGAGCAGCAGGAGCAGCAGCAGCAGCAGUAGCAGGAGGAGGAGGAGGAAUCCAGCGGUCAGUGAACGCAACACUCCGCUGGCAGCACACACACAGACCACCACAGCUCCUCCCGCUGCUCCACGGGGACUUCACCCGGACUCCCGGCUGCAUCCACCGGCUGUGGGUCCCGGUCCCGGUCCUGGUCCCGGUCCCGGUCCUGGUCCCGGUCCCGAUCCCGGUCCCGAUCCCGGUCCCGGUCCUGAUCCCGGUGUGGGCUCGUGGACUUUAAAGCAGCUGCAGGCGGAUCUAAAACGGCGGAGCUGCGGGAUGCUGUGGCUGCUGCUCUGGCUGCUUCCUCUAGGGGGCGCCAGCAGGAUGGCGGUCCAGGACGGCGCUCACACAGACGGACGCGGCCCCGAAGAAGAAGAGGUUGCCGUGACGACUAGGCCUCACAUCCACCACUGCCGCUCGCCCAACAUGGAGGACUUCAGCUGCUGGUGGCUCCCGCUGGACAACCUGACGGACGGCGAGCAGGUCACGUACGUCCUCGGCUACUCCAAGGACAAAGGGCCCCGACGCGAGUGCCCCGACUACGGCUCCUCGGGGCCCUUCAGCUGCCACUUCGACAGCAGCCACACGUCCAUCUGGAAGAUCUACUGCCUGAGCGUCACCGCCGUCACCGCCGCCGGCGACUACAGCUCCCAGGAGCACUGCCUGGACGUGGCCGAGAUAGUUCAGACCGAGGCUCCCGUGAAUCUCACCUGCGAGCUGGCGGACGCCGGCGGGGACGAGACGGGCCACCGCGCCCGGCUGAGCUGGAGCUACCCGGUACCGUCGGACCUGCAGUACGGCUGGAUCACCCUGGAGUACGAGCUGCAGUACCGCAGGGAGGCCGGCGGCUGGAAGGUGAAGCAUCCUCUGCGGGAGCCUCGGGUGGAGCUGCUGGGCCUCCCGGGGGGGGACUACCUGGUCCGGGUCCGCUGCCGGUCCCACAACUACGGCCUGUGGAGCAGGUGGAGCUCGGCGCUGCAGAUGAGCCUCCCCGCCGAGCCGCCGGCAGGUAACGUCCUGGUUCCGGUCGUGGUGGCGGGCGUGGCCGUCGUGGCUCUGCUGGCCGUGCUGCUCGGCGUCAUGCCUCAGGGGCGCAGAAUAAAAGACUACUUCCUGCCACCGAUUCCAAAGCCGCGGAUCAUCGGCAUCGACCCGCUGCACCUGAAGAAGGGGAACCUGGCUGAGAUCGACCAUCACUUCAGUAACUUCCACAGCUUCAGCCCCCCGAGCUCCUCGGAGGAGGUCUGGGACCGGGUCAGCGCCGGCGACGUCGUCCUCUCGGCGUGCGGCGUGGCGUCCGACCCGACGGCCCCGAUGUUCCCGCGUGACCCGGCGGGGGUCUCGGCCAACCCCCCGGCGUCGUACGUGCGGAGCGUGGCGCCGUACUGCUGCUCGCCGCCCCCGGCCUUCGCCGCGGCGCCGGGCAGGUCCGCGCGGUCCGGGCCGGAGGUUGUGUGUCUGCCGGGCACCGAGUACAGCGUGAUGGGACUCCCGGGCCUCCCCGGCGCCGGCCGCUCGCCUCAGGACUUCUACACCUGCGUCCAGCUCCUGAAGAGCGGCGAGGUGCACCUGGUGCCCUGCCCGCCGCCGGCGUACUGCCGCGAGUUCCCGCCUCCCUCGAGGGUCGAGGAGGAGGAGGAGAAGAAGAAGAUGAAGAUGACUGACGGCCCGGCCACGACAAGUGAGAGGAGCGGCGGCGGUGAGGCGGCGGUCCCUCUGCUGCCGCUCGCCGUCGACAACAUGGGCUGAGCACGGAGAGGAAACAGGAAGUGGAACGUUCUUUAUGACGACACUGAAAACACAACAGGACACGCAAAGUACGGCGGUGCGUUCAGGGUCCUCUGGACUUCCUCCUGUUCUACAGAGCUGAGGACCCUGAAGAUGAAGAGGGAAAUGAAUGCAGGGCUUUGCUCUCUCAAUCCAACAUGGAGAGCUUAGAGUGGAAUGUUUUCAAGAAGCUUCUUUUCUUCACAACAUAUUGAACUACGCAAACAUUUAGUGUAUCAGAGUUUUAUUUAUGUCCACACAACACUUUGUGAUUCCUUAAGUCGCCCUGAGGGACCACUAUGGACCAUUAUGGACUAAUAUGUACUAAUAUUAACUAUUAAGGAUUAAUAUGAACUUUUAAGGACUAAUAUUAAC